CUGUUCUCGCGGAAGACUUCGCAACUCCACUCGAGACGUCACUUCACUUGGACAAGACACCAGCAGAAGCCAUGUUUCGAAGGUCCCUCUCUGCUACCAGGCAACAUCUUGCUGCUGCGACCAAGCAGACUUCCCGUCAGUCCAGCAAACGAUUUAAUUCAUCGCAUGCCGCGGGAAAAUCCGGUGAUGCCAAGUGGGCUUUGGGUGCCGUUGCUGUCACGGUCCCUGCACUCGCUUACCUGCUUGCUCCACCUGGCAAGAAGGCAGAUGCACACAAGGCUGUACACACUGCACAGGCCAAAGUCGGUCUGAAGACUGAUGAGGAGCGGGAUGCGGCUAUUGAGAAGGUCGGCGAUGAGGUGCAUGGCCCCCAGUCACGCUCCGAUCCUGCCAAGCAUGAGCAGGCCCAGAGCCAAUCCGACCAAGCCAAGACUGAGUCUGGCAAGUCGCAGUCGCAGGCAAAGGAGAAUACUGUGUCGUCGGGCGACAUCAAGGCCAAGCAGUCUGGCAUCUCAAACACCGAAACAAAGCACAAGGUAGAUACUGUCACAAAGGAUGGCGAGAACCCGUCUGCCAAGUCGCAGGAGACCAUCGACCCCACAAAGCCUCGCGGCCAAGAAAAGAAGGGUCCUUCCAAGCCUGCACCCAAAGCUGAGGAAGAGGAGGACGACGAUGAGGAAGAAGAUGAUGAAGAGGAUGACGAUGAAGAGGAUGAGGAGGAAGAGAAGAAGUAGUUGUAGCACUGCAUUGCAUCCACAUGUAGACUACCAAAAU